AGUUCAGUCACUGUUUAUUACUAAAGAAUGGCAGUGAGGUGCGCCUUUGAGAACUCGAACGAAGUGGGCGUCUUCGCCAUGCUCACAAACUCUUACUGUAUUGUGGCCUUGGGAGGCAGUGAGAACUUUUACUCGGCUUUCGAAAGCGAGUUGAAGCCUCAUAUUCCUGUCGUUCACGCCACUAUCGGUGGCACGAGAAUCCCUGGUCGAGUAUGUGUUGGUAAUCGACACGGUUUAUUGGUGCCGAGCAUUACCACUGAUAAUGAAUUACAGCAUUUGAGAAAUGCGUUGCCCGAGAAUGUGAAGAUUCAACGAGUGGAGGAGCGGUUGUCGGCCCUUGGUAACUGUAUAGUAUGCAACGACUAUGUUGCCUUGGUACAUCCUGAUCUCGAUAGGGAGACAGAGGAGAUUAUCCAGGACGUACUACAGGUAGAAGUAUUCCGUGGUGCUGUAGCUGGUAACGUGUUGGUCGGCACUUACCUCACACUCACCAAUCAGGGAGGGUUGGUACAUCCGAAGACGACUGUUGAGGAGAUGGACGAACUCAGCCAGCUCUUGCAGGUACCGUUGACUGCUGGUACGGUGAAUCGGGGGUCUGAUUCGGUCGGUGCCGGGAUGGUAGCCAACGAUUGGGCUGCUUUCUGUGGGAUGGACACUACUGCCACUGAAGUUGCUGUGAUUGAAAGCAUCUUCAAACUCCAACAAUUCACCAAGGAGGAGCCUGGCAAGGAGGGUGCUAGCAUGGCUGAUGUUAAUAAAUCUAUCAUAGAUAACUACGCCUAAGUCACCUUACAAUUAUCAUCAGUGACGUCGUCCUUCCUAUUGCCUCUUAUUCCCUAUCAAACUCUGUAUGGUUACUGCCUGUUGUUACGUAAUCAGCAGUUUAAGGCAGU